AAUACAGCACCUCGAUCCCGAUGCUAAUACAGACGAUAGUACAGAGAGACUUUUGGGAGGGAAAAGCAACAAUAUUAAAGUGUUCCUUUAGAUUAAAAUGAAGUGUAUUAUUCCUGGUGUAAACAUCAAAGUUUUUGGAAGAGCAAUUCAUUCAUUGUCAAAAAUUGGAGAGGAAUUAUACAUAGAACCUCUUGCUCAUGGGUUGGCCUUAAGGACAGUCAACUCAUCAAGGUCAGCAUAUGCUUGUUUCCUGUUUUUCCCAACAUUUUUCCAGCACUAUGAUGAUGGGACACCAGAAAUUUCUUCUCAGGAUAGCGAGGACUCCAUCAGGUGCAAAAUUGCCAUGAAGUCUUGUUUGAUUGUCUUCAAAUCAAUGUCCAAUGUGGAGAAGACCGUUGAGAAGUGCCAAAUUACUCUAAAUAUGCAAAAGGCAAGACUCAUCUUCAAACUGUAUUGCAAACAUGGAAUUGUGAAGACACACAAUUUAGCUUUCAUAGAAUGUGAAACAUUACAGGCAGUGUUCUCAAAAGAUAUGUGUCCAAAUCAGCUGACAGCACAACCAAGACUGCUGUGUGAUACAGUGGUGAACUUCCAGUCAAAUCAGGAGGAGGUCACUCUGAUUGUCUCCCCUGAGAAGAUUUCAUUAAAGAAUUAUACUGAUGAUGAGCCAGACCCUACAAAAGUAGUCCAUACUGUCCUAAAUCUAGAUCCAGAUGAAUUUGAGAAUUGUCAGAUAGGAGUCGAUACAGAUAUCACCUUCUGUCUAAAGGAGUUCAGGGCAGUCCUUGCAUUUGCAGAAAUCACAGCUAUGCCAAUAAAUAUCAAGUUUGAAACCUCAGGAAGACCAGUGGUGUUCAGUAUUGAUGCUGACAGUGCUUUUGAAGCUAAUUUUGUGCUGGCAACUUUGGCAGAAUCUCACUCACAGUCGGGAAAUUUCACUUCCCAUACAACACAACAAACACUGCAGAAUGGAGCAUGCAGCUCUGCUUUGAGGUCCCAUUCAAGAAGAACAAAAAAGUCACAAAGAGGUCAACAUCAUAUGAACCAAUCAAACAACAGCAGUGACUCGCAUCUUAAUGGGCACAGAAGUGAUCAAGUGAAAUCAUUCCCAAAAGAAGAUUUUGAUGAUGAGAUACAAGUACCCAACAUAUUAAAAGCUGCUGGAAAUUCAUCAACUGAGAAAAAUGACGCAGACAGAGUAUUCCAUGCAGAAAGUGUGUUUGCCAGACACAGCAAUCAAACCAUGUCACAACAAUCUACAUCGAGUAGUUAUAGAAGUCCUGUCAUACCUAACCAAUUACACAAGAGCAUCCUUGAAGAUGUUGAUAUGGAUGAUGAAGAAGAUGAGCCAGUUCCUGGAACUCCACCAAAGAAAAAAUUUCGGUCCAUGUUUUUUGGCAUGUCACAGGCCAGCAGUACAGCCUCCCAGGGUACUCAGGGAACCAGGAUCCCCCCAAAUCCCCAAGUUCUGGUGGAAGACACUGAUGAAGAGGAUGAUUGAAAUUGUUAUGUCAUUAACUUUGUUUUAAU